AUGGCAAUCAUUUGCUCAAUCUAUUUCUUUGCCAACUUUCUGGUGGCUAUUCCAGUUCUCAUCGAUUCGUACGAAUAUUUGGAAUCACCAAUCACAAUGAAAUAUCUCUCAAGUCUGAACACUUUUGGGCACUACACAGAGCAAUUGAUUCUGCUGGUCAUCUCGCUGAAUCGCUUUUUGCUUGUCAGCACAUCUUUGAAGAGAAAUGAGAUGAGAAGAGUAUUUGAGUUUCUUCAUAUCAUUUGUUGGCUCUACGGACUCGCGAUAACCGUUGUGCCAAAUCUUUUGGGAUGCUUUAAAGUUUUCUCCCCGAAAACUUUGAACUUCACGUUUUCGUGUGCGAAGUGUGGACUCAUGCUUGACUAUUAUAUGAUUUCAGGCGAAGCAGCCCCAGUGAUUAUGAUCUUUCUCUAUUCGUUGAUGGUUCUUCGGCUGAGAUCGUUGCAGAAGCGAUUGCAAAGAAGAGACUUGCGUUUGACCCUCCAAUGCUUUCUCAUUUGCUUCUUCUCAUGGCUGGCCUCGUUUUUCUUCUUUUUCAUGCCAAAAUUCUUCGCCGGCUCUUUCGUCUCAUCAAUUCUCGUGCUCACCGUGAGCACCGUGUCGAAGACGGCCAAUCCUGUGAUUUUGUUCGUUUUCAAUGUAAAGAUCCGUGAUGCAAUCGGAACUUUUCUCACCACCGGCAAGGCGAUUCCAUCAGAAUGUAUCACAUCGACUGUUUACUUCAAAAAACCAUGUCAAGUUGAGCGU